GGCCCAGUAUAUCAAAAAUGUUGUUCCCAAAGACUACAAGACAAUGGCCGCCUUGUCCAAAGCCAUCUCCAAGAACGUGCUGUUUUCCCAUCUGGACGACAAUGAAAGGAGUGACAUUUUUGACGCCAUGUUCCCCGUACACCGACAUGCAGGGGAGGUCAUCAUUCAGCAAGGUGAUGAGGGUGACAACUUCUACGUCAUCGAUCAAGGCGAAGUGGACGUGGCUCAUACCUACGGAAGGCCCAGAGCCGCCACUGUUCAGGCCAAGACGGACGUAAAGCUAUGGGGUAUCGACAGAGACAGUUACCGACGUAUUUUGAUGGAGAACCUGGACAAGUGGGAGCGGCUCACCGUGGCUGAUGCUCUGGAGCCCGUGCAGUUUGAGGACAAGGAGGAGAUCGUGAGGCAGGGAGAGCCCGGGGAGGACUUCUUUAUUAUACUGGAGGGCUCAGCUGCAGUUCUACAGCGGCGGUCUGAGAACGAGGAGCCAGUGGAGGUUGGCCGUCUGGGACCCUCGGAUUAUUUUGGGGAGAUUGCCUUACUGCUGGACCGGCCGCGUGCGGCAACUGUUGUGGCCCGUGGACCCCUCAAGUGUGUCAAGUUGGACCGUGCACGCUUCGAGCGUGUGCUGGGACCGUGUUCCGACAUCCUCAAGCGCAAUAUCUCUCAGUAUAAUAGCUUUGUAUCCCUGUCGGUGUAGGGGACCCCCCUGGCGGCGGAGCUGGGCGACUUGUCGUUAGAGAAAGGGUGUGUGAGGGGUGUUA